AUGCUAGAAAAUCUAAAGGGAACACCGUUACAGGGAGAUUUCAGUGCAAGACGACUGAGAGCCUUCACACCACGUCUAGGCACCGAGUUAGCAAAGGAACAAGAGGAACACGAAAAAAGAUUAGAAGAAAACAAAACAGAGGAGGACGAAGAACAUACAACAGAAGAAAGAAAUAAAGAAAAAGAACAAAUAGAAGACAACGAGGAGGAAGAAGAUAAUGAGGAAGAAAACAAUGAAGAGAAUGAUAGCGAAGCAGAAGGAGAUAGCACAUUCAUUCCUUUGCAGCAGCGGUCUCUCAUCUCAGCUCUAGCACUAGCUCACCGAGGAUAUACAGUACUUGAAGGGCUUUUUUGCGGGUAUCUUUUGGAACGAGUUACUAAACACAUCUUUACAUCCCCGUCAUCCGCACUAAGGGCUGGCCACUCCAAUGGCACUCGCACUUGCAAUGCCAAACUCCAUGGGAUGACAGAAGUGGAGGCCGAGCAUAUCGCAUAUGCCACAGUUCAGGUUCGCUUCGCGAUCAGUUCGCUCGACAAAUGGAAAGAUAGGGACUCCUUAUUCUAUUAUGCUGACUAUUACACUAGAAUAGUCAACUUAAUUUGGGGGAGGAUAGAUGGGGAGUGGGUUGACUCCCUGCUAGGACAUUACAAUGGGAAAUUGUUUGGCAAUGAGAAUGGUGCUAAAGCCGGUCAUUCUGCGAACGCCGAGUGUUCAGAGGACAACGAUAUGGUUUCCAUCAAACAGCAACUUGCUGCACAUGCAGCACAGGCUUCCGGAUCCUUGGACACAACAUCUGCGCAGUCUUCAGCACUCGAUCAGCAACAAGAGUCGUGUAGCAGGUCCUUACCCCCUCUUCCUGAUAGGGCAACUCCAGAUUCUCCUGUAGCGCAAGGAUUGGCUGAUCCUCACAAGGACAAGCAGCCCUCACCACUUCCUCCCUCGUCAUCUCAGGAAUCGGAUGACGAAGGCCUUGCAUGCAAGCGCAAGGAGGCGGUGUUGCCCGCACGCUCCCUUACCCCCGAUCCUCCUGUCAACUCACAGAAGGAGACGGCCUUGCCUGCACGCUCCCCUGCCCCUGAUCCUCCUGUCGAGUCAUGUAAGCACCAGCAAGUAGCCAUUCUAGACAACAACAGCCCUCUGACGGAAGAAGAUGAAGCUGAGGUCAUCCAGCCUGCUAAGCACAAAUGA